AUGUUACAAAAUCGUUCGAUUGCAGAAAUUAGAAUGCGUCCACUUCACGUACCAUAUCCAUUCAAUGGCUUUGUAUCAUUAACUGGAAUCCAACAGCCAACUCCUCCGGUACCAUCGGCACCAACAAUCUUUCCUAAUCAUUAUACAAGCGAACAGUGGAACCGUUAUUACAUGCAUUUGUACCGACAAAUGAUGUUCGCGCAGAUCUCGGCUGAUGCGCAGAGGCAACAAGUCAUCCAUUUUAACCAACAAAUGGCAAUGAAAGCAGUGACAGAAGACAAGAGCGGGAAUACUUCAGUGGUAUCAUGCAAUGAUCAUCCGAAGUUCGAUUUCACUCAACUCGCUAAAAGUAUCGAGAAUGAAAGCAAGAUGGCAAAAGCGAUGAAAAGUAAUGAUAGAUUAGCACAAAAUUGUUUACCAAAUACAUCAACUGCAUCCACCAUUCCCACAAAUGAUUUCAAUAAGCCUUGGUUUUUAUUGCCAAAACGUAAUGUUGGUAGAGGAGCUCGUCCAAAGAAAGAAUUUAUUUGUAAAUUUUGCAAUCGACAUUUCACCAAAUCAUAUAAUUUAUUAAUACAUGAACGUACGCAUACCGAUGAGCGACCAUACAACUGUGAUAUUUGUGGCAAAGCCUUCCGUAGACAGGAUCAUCUGCGAGACCAUAGAUUUAUCCAUUCGAAAGAUAAACCAUUCAAGUGUGACAUAUGUCAGAAAGGAUUCUGCCAAUCGCGAACACUUCAGGUUCAUCGAAUUUCACAUAACAAUUCAUUAGAUGUGGAACACAGAAGACCACGAAAAAUUCAAAAUAACAUUAUCAUCCAUCCAUUAGAUAAUGUUCAGGAUGAACGAAGUGAUAUUGUCAGGAAGAGUAUGGUUUUUAUUAAUGGUGGUACAAAGUCACCAGUACUAGGAAACAAUUCUACCAUCAGCUUAUCAUCAUGA